AUGCAGAAGCUUGUCUUGAUCGUUGGUGUGGUUUGCCUUGUGCAGGCUGGUCCUAUGGGCCCACCACCAGGAAUGGGUCCUGGGCCAGGAGGUCCUGGUGGACCAGGUGGUCCAGGAGGACCAGGAGGUCCAAGAGGAGAUGGUCCAGGAGGACCAGGAGGUCCAAGAGGAGAUGGCCCAGGAGGACCAGGAGGACCAGGAGGCCCAGGAGGCCCAGGAGGACCUCCUCCACCACCACCUCCCCCACCUGGCCCCUUUGAUCCAAAUGGACCUCGACCACCUCCACCUCCCCCACCACCACCAGGCACCCGCCCACCACCUCCACCCCCAUCCGGUCGCACUCGUCCUCCUCCACCACCAUCCGGUGGCACCAAUCGACCCACAACUGGCAGCCCAUUCUUCACGACAACUGUAUCAUCAAGCACUUGCCCAGAUCUGCCUAGCACAACAAAUGGAGCCGAUGUGGGACCGGCUAUUGCUGGUCAAUGCCCGAAUGGUUUCUGUCGAUUCAAUGGAGUUGAAGAUCGGUGUUAUGAUCAAAGCCUCCUCUGCCCAAGCUCAACGGCGGCCAUCGUUUCAACUACAGUGGCUGGACCCGCUACCGCCGACUUGGUCUGCCCUGCAACCACUCACUGUGUCAAUGGAUACACCCAAUCCUCAUCGGGGCAAACCUUUUACGCAAACUUCUGCAUCUACGAC